AUGAAGUACCUCACCAAUCCCUUUGCCGUCCCAGAGAGCAGCGGCCUCCCACGUGAGGUCUUUGGCUGGCGGCCCUAUCUCGUGACGUUUUCCGCAUCCUGGGCCGCCGCUUGCUAUGGCUACGAUGGAGGCUUCAUCGGCGGCACACUGGCCCUGCCGUCGUUCCAGCACGCCUUUGGCCUGGACGACGCCGCCUCCGCCAAGGCGCUCGCCGGCCUCAAGUCCAACAUUGUCACCACCUUCCAGGCGGGCGCCUUCUUUGGCGCCAUCGUUGGCUACUUUGCCGGCGCCGUGCUCGGCGUCGGCCGCAAACCGGCCCUCCUGGCCGCCAUGGCCACCAUGGUCGUCGGCAGCAUCCUGGAGCUGUUUGCGCACGUCGCCAUGCUGUACACGGGCCGCGCCCUGACCGGCCUCGCCGUCGGCAGCGCCAUGCUCGUGCUGCCCAUCUACAUUGCCGAGAUCGCGCCCAACGCCAUCCGCGGCCGCCUGGUCGCCAUCUUUGAAAUCAUGGUCCAGGUCUUUCUGGUGCUCGGCUUCUGGGUCAACUACGGCGUCGUGCGCAACCUGCCGGGCGAGAACAGCAGCGCCCAGUGGCGCAUCCCCUUUGCCCUGCAGUUCAUCCCCUCCGUGCUCUGCAUCGUCAGCGUCCCCUUCAUGAUUGAGUCGCCGCGCUGGCUGCUCACGCGGGGCCGCGUCGACGAGGCGCGCGCGGCGCUGGCCUGGGUGCGCCACCUGCCGGACGACCACGCGCUCGUGCAGGCCGAGCUGGCCGACGCGCAGGCCAGCAUCGCCGUGGAGCAGGAGCUCGACGAUGGGAUGGGGGUGGGGAACAGCAGCGGACGGCCCCCCACAGGCGUCGUCCGCGAACACCGCCGCUUGUGGCGCGAGCUCGCGGCUCCCGGCGUGCGCAACCGCGUCCUGCUGUCGGUCGCCCUCAUGAUGCUGCAGCAGCUGACGGGCAUCAACGCCGUCAACUACUUCAGCCCCAUCAUCUUCCAGGAGCUCGGCUACUCGACCACCGAAGUCGCGCUGCUCGCCACGGGCGUCUACGGCAUCGUCAAGAUGGUCAGCAGCGUCCUGUUUUCCUUUUUCAUCGUCGACCGCUUCGGCCGCCGCCCUCCCAUGCUCGUCGGCGCCGUCGUCAUGGCCGUCUGCAUGUUUUAUGUCGGCGCCUUUGCCAAGAUUGUUGGCAGCAACCCGGCCACCGCCCAGGUCGGCGGUGGCAGCCCCGGCGGCCAGGCCGCGCUCGCUAUGAUCUACAUCUACAUCAUCGCCAACAGCGCCAGCUGGACCUCCAUCCCCUGGAUCUUUGCCGCCGAGGUCUUUCCCACGCGCGUCCGCAGCUUCGCCAUGAUGUUCCCCACCUGCACCCAGUACCUCGGCCAGUUUGUCGUCGUCUACAGCCUGCCCUACAUGGUCAACAGCAUCCAGUACGGCACCUACCUCUUCUACGCCGCCUGGAUCGUCGUCGGCUUUGUCUUUACCUACUUCUUCGUGCCCGAGACCAAGGGCGUCACGCUCGAAGACAUGGACCUGCUGUUCGACGCAGGGGCGCCGGUCUGGGCGCGGGCCGCCCGUCGCCGCUACGAGACGGCGCAUGCAGCGGGCGUGACGGCGGUCGCGGUGCAUCGGUUGGAGACGGACGGGAAGGAGGUGCAAGUGGGCGGUGUCGAGCAGAUUGAGGAGGUGUAG